AUGGCACGGUUGAACGUCGUGCUCUUUGCUCUCACUCUCGGCGUGGUCGAGGGAGCCCGUCAUGCCAAAAUGUUUGAAAGUGAUGAUGCGCUUCUCGCGUGCACGGAUUUCACGACUGAAGAUCGUCUGAUUAUUGCUGCAGCCGACAAACCAUAUUGGGACUACAUGUACGAGACAGGCACAUACUACACGCAGGCCAGGUUCAGGCACAGCACGAAGGCUGAACUCGACAAGUUCAAGUCCAAGUUGACCUGCACGGAGAUCAUCGGCAAGAUGCCGAGGACCCUGAAGUGCGCCAAGUGCGCCAGCACCAACACCAACAAGCCCAGCUUGUGGCUUUCGAGGUGUGCGGCUGCAAAGGACCUGGACGACUUCAAGCGCAUCCAGGAGGAAGUUGCCUCUGAGGACGGCAGCUGCCUAGUUGGGGGCGACUUGAGCUUUGGUCAAACGGUCAGCGAGUGUUCUGCGAGCAAAGUUAUCGACAUGGAUGCGUAUAACUUCACAGUGUUCCAAAGCUGCGUUAUGGAGAGCGAUGCAGAGCUCGAGAAGGAAAAAACAGACCUGCAAGCCAAGAUAUUGAGUCUUAAAGAGAGCUCCCAGUCGAUAGAUAACAAGCACGCGCUACUUGACAAACUUUUCCGAGCCCACUGA